GGCAACACUACAAAUACAUAAAUAAAGUAAAUAAAUAAACAGCAUGGGUAUGUUUAUGUAAAAUGUUAGUAAUUUUCCAGCAAUAUUUAAGAAGAUUCUACUAAAUUAUUAGCCUGACUUACGUAAAUUAUGGCUCUGAGAUUAUUAUCAAAUCUUUCACCAUCUCGAAACAUCGCUUUAAAUCUUUUGCCCCGCGUCUUAUCGUGUGAAUUUGGAUACCAAAGUCAGACUUUUCACUCUAGUAAUGUUAAUCACAAAAUAGAAAAAUGGCCUGAUCAAAAUGAAUGGGUAUAUCCUCCUCAAAAACCUGGUGAACCUCGAAGGCCAGCUUUUGUUUGUCACUAUCGAGAAAAUAUCAAGUAUUCUCCCAAGAAAAUGUGGUACAUUGCUUGCUUGCCAAGAGGCUUAUCUGUGGAUGAAGCAAUUAAACAACUAUCAUUUGUCCCGUCAAAAGGAGCUGUCAUUGCAAAAGAAGUCAUUCAAGAGGCUCAGGAAAUGGCUGUAAAUGAACAUAAUGUUGAAUUUAAAAGCAACUUAUGGGUUGCUGAAUCAUUCGUGGGGAAAUCUCUCAUCAUUAAAGGACUGAGGAGGCAUGCUCGUAUGCGUUUUGGUUUAGUUCAUUACAGAUAUUGUCAUUACUUUGUACGUUUAGUUGAAGGACCCCCUCCAAAGCACUACUACAAACCAGAGCUUACAGGCAAUGAAAAACUAGAAGAAUACUUUGCAGAACUUAGAGCCCGAAGGAUACAUAGAACAUUGUAAAUAGAAUAUUGCGAUCUUUUCAUGAAAUAAAGCACUUUUUAAUGUAAAAUAUGUUCCUUGAAUAGAUAUAAAAUAAUUAAUGAGCUA